AUUCGCACUUCCACUAACUUGUCAACACCAACAGUGAGUUAACAAAACGGUGACAACGCGUUUGUAUUAAAGUUCGUGCAUAUUUUUAAUUUUUUGCAGAGUUGCAGAUAUCAGCUUAUUUGGAAGACAAAAUGCGGGUUACAGUAACAACAAUGGCAGAUUACACCUUUCCGUUGGAAGUAUCUGAUGACAUGGAACUGGAAAAUUUUAAAGCGCUUUGCGAAAUCGAAAGUGGCUUCCCGGCAAGUGAGAUCGUUAUUUCUCUGAAUGGACAACCAUUACUUGACGACAAAAAGACGCUUAUUGAACUGGGUAUCCGAGACGGGGACGUUAUUAUGCUUCAACACAUAAUGCAAGCUACCCAGCAGGUAUCACAGGCUGCUCGAACUCGGCCACAGCAGGCAGAACCGUCCCGCUUGGCUAGUUUGGAUUUCAGCUCCAUACAGGUUCCGUCAGCUGUUGCUUCUAGUAGUGGAAAUUCUGGUUUACUUAAUAACAACCGUCCGUCGCCUACGGUUGCUCCAGAGGAUGAUCCGGCUGUUGUGCGUGAAAUGUUUCUUUCAAAUCCGGACCAGCUGGCAUUACUAAAGCAAAACAAUCCUCGUUUAGCGGAAGCACUGCUUUCCGGAAAUUUAGAAACAUUUGCCACAGUGUUAAAAAAACAGAUAGCAGAACGAAUGGAGAAGCAACAACAACGAAUGCGUAUUUUGCAGGCAAGUCCAUUUGAUGCGGAAGCCCAGCGUCUAAUUGCGGAGGAAAUCAAGCAGAAGAACAUCGAAGCGAACAUGGAAGCAGCGAUGGAGUACAAUCCGGAAACUUUCGGAACAGUAGUGAUGCUCUAUAUCAAUUGUCGUGUCAAUGGGCAUCCAGUAAAAGCAUUUAUCGAUUCGGGGGCCCAAGCAACCAUAAUGAGUGCCGCAGCCGCUGAGCGGUGCAACAUUAUGAGACUUGUCGAUACCAGAUGGGCUGGCAUUGCGAAGGGUGUUGGCGUGCAGAAAAUUAUCGGCCGAAUUCACAUGGUGCAGAUUCAAAUCGAAAACGAUUUCCUUACUUCAAGUUUUUCGGUGCUGGAAGAACAACCGAUGGAUAUGUUACUGGGGCUGGACAUGCUUAAACGUCAUCAGUGCAACAUUGACCUCAAAAGUGGAGUGCUACGAAUUGGAACGACUGGAACCGAAACAAAGUUUUUAGCGGAAGGAGACUUACCAGAGUGUGCCCGGUUGACCGGCAGCCCAGAAGAACAACACAAGGCGAUGACAGAAUCGGCACGCAUUGCUGAGGAGCUAGCCAUGAAGGAGGCAAUCCUCAAAAGUCAGCAAGAUCAAGCAUCAUCCAGUGUCAACAAUAACAAUGUGACCCCUACUGGUAGCAGCAGCAGCAGUACUCCUACCUCUUCUGGUCAGCAAAAAUCACAAUCGGCAAUAGUAUCGACUGAAAAUGUCCCACUCGUUAUACUACCAACGGAUAAGUUCACUGAACUGGACGUUGUCGAAUUAGAAUCAAUGGGUUUUAGCCGGCAAAUGGUAAUUACUGAGCUCAGGGCUGCCGAUGGGGAUAAAACCAAGGCCACUUCGGGACUUUUUGCUAAACUAGGAUAAACGGCGAGCCUAGAUCGUCUGAUCGGCGUAUUGGCGGCAUUUGUUUGACAAUUUAUAUCGAGGUUUACUUUUGUGGAUCAAUCAAUCACUAAUAUUGGCAUGCAUUUCUCUGUUUGACUCUAACUGAAAGCAUCGAACAAUUCGUGUUAUUCUCGAUGUAAACUAUACAUUUACAUGAUAGAUUUCUGUUUUUUCUCCGCAAGCAUAGGUUUAAAAAUGGGACUUGCUAGGCUAAGCUGACCUCAUUAUAUUUUGAUCAGUCAAAUAAUUUCUGAACAUCCUGUUUAUUUACACAUACUAAUUAGGUUAAAUGAAAUCUAAACACAAAUGCACUGACAUCGUAAGGGUUACUUAAGUAUAAUAAA